AUAUGGUGGAUGGAAAGCAAAUAUUUCUGACAUCAUCUCUUUUAGACUUUGUUGUUUGCCUCGGGUAGUUUUGUUUUGUUACUGGGUGAGGUCUUGUGCAAGGUCUACGCAGAAUUUUGGGUGCACAAAGCGCGGUUUGUAUUUGGCCAACUUGGAUGCUUUGAAUUUGCAUAAACAUUUCCAAAAAUGAUUUUCUCCUCAUACCGGUUUCUGCAAAUAGCAGUCUUGGCCGUUCUGUAUCUGGCGGUGAAAUGUGAUGAACCUCCAAAGGAGUGCGGGGCUGUCAAAAAUGCGAAGGCGGAAACGUAUCUCGAAACUGCAGCUGCUCUGAUUGACAAAUUAAGAGAAAACUUGCCAGAAGAAGGCAAAAAUGACUGUAGUUGCCCUCCCAAGCCUAUGGAUUGCGAUGAAAUAAUGCAGUGUGGGCAUAACAAAAGUGGAGUCUAUCAAAUUUGGCCACGUAACCGAGUAAUGGUUGGAAGCGUCUAUGUAUAUUGCGACAUGGAAACCAGCGGAGGAGGUUGGACAGUAAUCCAAAGAAGAGGAGAUUACAGGAGACCGGCUGAUUUCUUCUUGAAAUCCUGGCAUAGCUACAAGAAUGGAUUUGGGGAUCUUCGCCGAGAUUUCUGGUUAGGGAAUGAUAAUAUUUAUGCCUUGACCAACCAGAAAAAAUACUACCUCAGGGUUGAUCUCACCGAUCAUAACAACAAUUCCCGAUAUGCCUUUUACGACCAGUUCUGGAUUGAUGGAGAACAUCAUCAUUACAAGCUGCACGCAUAUGACUAUAGUGGAGAUGCUGGUGAUGCCCUCUCCAGAACCCAUGAUGGUCAGAAAUUCUCCACCAUCGACCGAGACAACGACAACAGCACCUACCACUGCGCCCAGAAACACAAGGGUGGUUGGUGGUUCGCUGACUGCCACACCUCCAACCUCAACGGAAUGUACAACAGCGAAAAGGUGAAGAGCGCUGAUGGUAUCAUUUGGUCUACAUGGCGAGGGCCUUCCGAAUCGCUGAAAAUGACCGAGAUGAAGAUUAGGCCCAUGGAUUUCAAGGCGGGUCUCUUGGACAUGGAUAUAGACGCUGUCUAAAAUUUGCUAUCUUCGAAAUGCUUUUGAAUACGUAUUUGUGUGUAUGUUCUAGCUUUGAUAUUCAGUUGUGUAUUUAAUAAAAUUUUUUGAUUUGUUAGAAUCUGUUAGAUGUGUAAAAUGAAUUUUUGAGAACUUAGAAAAGAUAAUCUUGUGGAUUUCAACAUUCAUUAGUGAAUCUUUUGAGAUUGAUACCAAAUUAUUUAUAAAUAGUAUUAUUUUUCAUUUGAUUAAAAAUAAUAAUAGCAGUAAUAAUUUUAGAUUGGAUCAUUUUUAAUCUUUAUUUUGAGCUUUUUCAACUCUUUCUAAUAUAUGACAGCCUCUUGGCCUAUACAUUCUUGGAAUAAUCUCGGAAAAAACUUGUGUGUCAAUUUUAGCAGUCUUGUCACUGCAAUUUGGAAUUUUAAUAAAGUUCUUUUUUCUA